UUUUUUCUCGUCCCAUUUCGAUUCGUUCGCUUCGCUGGUGAUUUUGGGCACAUUCGCGACAUCCAUCGCUGGCGGCGGUUAAAACCGCGCCGAGAUAUCCACGCAUCGCACUCGAGGCAUCCGAAGGCGUCCCAAAUCGUCGCUACAUGGCAGGCUCAGGUUCAGAUUCAGUUUUGGCUUCAGCCUCAGUCUCGGCUUUCGAAUCCGAUUUUGGCGGCGAGCGUGUGUACGAUUGCUGUGCAAUGGCCAAAUCGAUAACAGAAACGAGAACCACAAAAUCUACGGCAGCAACAAUAACUGCAAUACACACACGCAGAAGCACCACAACAAUCGCAUUUGUUUUGCUGUUAAUCCUCUGCUGUUUAUGUGAUUACAACUAUGGAAGCUGGGCAUCGCAAUGCUGGAGGAAGCACAAUUCCGGCUCGAUCCAAACGCCAGAUGGAGAAUUUAAGCGACCCUUUGGCAUACUCUGCACAUAUCGCUGCUUUCUCUGGUUUCCGCCAAUUUACCCGUACUGCGAAUUCAUAUUCGAUCUGCGCUUAUCGAGGCACUUCACAUCCUUUCCGGACUGCUACGAGAUUCGGUGCAACGAGACCUUCUCGUUUUUCGGCAAGGAGCCCAACUUCUGACAUCCACCUGGCGAAGCAAGCUCCAUCUUCCCCAGACUUUCCCCUUCUAUUUUUUUUUUUUUUUUUCAGUACUAUCUGUGACUAAGAAUUGUAUGCUUCAA